CCCCUAUGAAGCAGCCGGGAGCUCGGAAGGUCUUACCGCCCCGGAGGAGUGGGUGAGCCAGAAGACAAGAAGGCAUGGUGUGGAGCCUGCCCAGGGCCUGAGGAGGGGGCACGAUCCGUAGCCCACUGGACCUGCAGCCUCCGAGUGGGGGCCGCACCUCUGGGGAGAGUCGACAAGAAUCGAUGCUUUGGCCCCUGGCGACAUGUGCACGGUGUAAUGACAGGAAAUGAGCAGGUUGGCAGAAAAACUGGUGGCCUGAAAUUUAAGACUAAGGCGUCGGUGCUUACAGAGCAGCUCAGAGCUGUAGGCUAACGGGAGGCAGGGUGCUCUGUCCUCUAAGUUGCUUGUGACCUUGAACAAAAACCCUCCCCUUCCUGGCCUGCAAAUUCCCUCCUCUGUGAAAUGAAGGGUUGGGCUCUGGCUGAGAACAUGGCCAAUGGCAUUGACGAGCUCAUCGGCAUUCCCUUCCCCAACCACAGCAGCGAGGUCCUGUGCAGCCUCAACGAGCAGCGGCACGAUGGCCUGCUCUGCGACGUACUGCUGGUGGUGCAGGAGCAGGAGUACCGGACCCACCGCUCCGUCCUGGCCGCCUGCAGCAAGUACUUCAAGAAGCUCUUCACGGCCGGCACCCUAGCCAGCCAGCCCUACGUCUAUGAGAUCGACUUUGUCCAGCCCGAGGCUCUGGCCGCCAUCCUGGAGUUCGCCUACACCUCCACGCUCACCAUCACCGCCAGCAACGUCAAGCACAUCCUCAACGCCGCCCGGAUGCUGGAGAUCCAGUGCAUCGUGAACGUGUGUCUGGAGAUCAUGGAGCCUGGGGGGGACGGGGGGGAGGAGGACGACAAGGAGGACGAUGAUGACGACGAAGAUGACGAUGACGAGGAGGACGAGGAGGAGGAAGAGGAGGAGGAAGAGGAGGAUGACGAUGAUGACACGGAGGAUUUUGCUGACCAGGAAAACCUGCCCGACCCCCAGGACAUCAACUGCCACCAAAGCCCUUCCAAGACGGACCAUCUCACGGAGAAGGCCUAUUCAGACACACCCAGGGACUUCCCUGAUCCCUUCCAGGACGGCAGUCCUGGCCAUCUGGGCGUGAUCCGGGACUUCUCCAUUGAAUCUCUGCUGAGGGAGAACCUGUACCCCAAAACCAACAUCCCCGACAGGAGACCCUCCUUGUCUCCGUUCGCCCCGGACUUCUUCCCACACCUCUGGCCAGGGGACUUCGGUGCCUUCGCCCAGCUGCCCGAGCAGCCCAUGGACAGUGGGCCACUGGAUCUGGUCAUCAAAAACCGGAAGAUCAAGGAGGAGGAGAAGGAGGAGCUGCCCCCACCCCCGCCGCCGCCCUUCCCUAGCGACUUCUUCAAGGACAUGUUCCCUGACCUCCCCGGGGGGCCUCUGGGCCCCAUCAAGGCGGAGAACGACUAUGGUGCCUAUCUCAACUUCCUGAGUGCCACCCACCUGGGGGGCCUCUUCCCACCCUGGCCGCUGGUGGAGGAGCGAAAGCUGAAGCCCAAGGCCUCUCAGCAGUGCCCCAUCUGCCACAAAGUCAUCAUGGGGGCCGGGAAGCUGCCGCGGCACAUGAGGACCCACACCGGGGAGAAGCCAUACAUGUGCAACAUCUGCGAGGUCCGCUUCACCAGGCAGGACAAGCUGAAGAUCCACAUGCGGAAGCACACGGGGGAGCGGCCCUACCUGUGCAUUCACUGCAACGCCAAGUUCGUGCACAACUACGACCUCAAGAACCACAUGCGCAUCCACACGGGCGUGCGGCCCUACCAGUGCGAGUUCUGCUACAAGAGCUUCACGCGCUCCGACCACCUGCACCGCCACAUCAAGCGCCAGAGCUGCCGCAUGGCGCGGCCCCGGCGCGGCCGCAAGCCCGCCGCCUGGAGGGCCGCCAGCCUGCUCUUUGGGCCCGGCGGCCCGGCCCCGGAGAAGGCGGCCUUCGUGAUGCCGCCCGCGCUGGGCGAGGUGGGCGGCCACCUGGGCGGCGCCACCGUGUGCCUCCCAGGCCCCAGCCCCGCCAAGCACUUCCUGGCGGCGCCCAAGGGCGCCCUGAGCCUGCAGGAGCUCGAGCGGCAGUUCGAGGAGACGCAGAUGAAGCUGUUCGGGCGCGCCCAGCUGGAGGCCGAGAGGAACGCGGGGGGCCUCCUGGCCUUCGCGCUGGCCGAGAACGUGGCCGCGGCGCGGCCCUACUUCCCGCUGCCCGACCCGUGGGCCGCGGGCCUGGCCGGCCUCCCCGGGCUCGCCGGCCUCAACCACGUGGCCUCCAUGUCUGAAGCCAACAACUAGGCUGGUCCUGGCCGACCCCAGCCCCCAGCCCUGUCUUCUCUUCCACCAGGCCCACUCUGCCCCACCUGGCGGGUCUGA